UUAAUCCUCUUUGGCGAAUGUCGCGCUGGCAAUCGAUUCCUCUUUGGAGCUACAGCAGAGCACUCUGACAACAAACCCGUUACUUACGAGUCAGCUGAUCCGCCUGCAAGCAGCAGCAGAGUGGCGCGCCGUGCAAAACGCCAAAUACCGAUCAACCUUCGCUCCCACGUUUUUAGUUUACAGAAGUGGCUUUUCUACAGGCCUACCAACAGCUCUAGGAUGAUCUGGAGUGUGUUGGCAAUCUUUCUCGUGCCCCUCGUCCUGGCUGUUCCCCUGGACACUGUAGGGGGUAAUACUACAAGAUGGGCGGUCUUGUUAUCUGGAUCUAGAGGCUUCACAGACUACGCAAUGCAGGCAGAUAUCUGUCAUGCUUAUCAAAUAUUUCACCGCCACGGAAUCCCAGAUUCCAACAUCAUAGUGAUGAUGUAUGAUGACUUGGCUGACAAUCGAAUGAAUCCCAAGAAAGGCGUUGUUAUCAACAAGCCCAACGGUCCUAACUUGUAUCCCGGAGUUCUUAAGGAUUAUACUAGGGGAGAGGUAAAACCUGAAAACUUUCUCAACGUUCUAACUGGCGACAGUGAACUGAUGAAAGGUGUUGGCUCUGGAAAAGUUCUUAGAAGUGGACCCAAUGAUCACGUGUUUGUAUACUUCUCUGGCCACGGAUCUACAGGUUCCAUAAAGUUCCCCUACCAUAUGCUGUACGUUGACCAGCUCCUCGUGGCUCUGAAAAGAAUGCACCACAAGAAAAUGUACAAAAAGUUGGUGUUCUAUAUGGAUGCUUGUCACUCGGGCUCAAUGUUUGCAAACAUUCUCCCUGAAGAUAUAAACCUUUUUGCGACAACAUCAGCUGAUCCCAACAAUUACGCCUACAGCACGUAUUGUGACAUCCCGGGCAUGUUUGUGUGCCUAGCUGGUGAAUUCGGGUCUGCCUGGAUGGAGGACGUUGAUUACGAGGAUCACGUCAAACCGGGUCUGCGCACCGAGACAUUGGAGAAACAGUUUACAAAAAUCUCCAAGACAAUGAAGAAAAGUCGUCCUUGCGAAUACGGCGACCUGAGUCUGGGUUUCGAUCACGUGACAGAUUUUCUCGGAGGUAUCAACAAUACUGGUUACCUGGACGACUAUACCCCUAGAGUGAAUUCUAAGGCUUCUAUAUCGCAGCGCGACGUGGCUUUGGCGAUGUUAAACCGGCGGAUUGAUGAAGCUUUAAACAUAGAGGUUAAAAUGAAGUUGGAGAGGAAACGAUUGGACUUAAUCAGUGGUAGAGAUGAUAUUGACAACCUUUUCAGUAGAAUUGUGACCAACGCUUCUAGAUCUGUUGAUGAUCAGAAAGUCAUAGAGAGCACUCACCAGCCUCUUAAUCUGGAGAUGAUGCCUUGCUACAGAACUCUAGUGGACAACUUCAGUGAAAGCUGUGUUAACAUCCAUGAGAACCUUUACACACUGGCACACCUGCAUAAGUUGGCCAACCUGUGCGUCCUACACUACUCAGCAACCGACAUCCUUCAAGUCUUCUCCAGGGAAUGUACCGAUCACUACAGAGGUCUGGUCAAUGUUAAUUAGACAAACAUCAAUUUUUUUUAAACAAUGUGCAAUAUAGGUAGUUUACACCAACAA